AACUCACAAACCCAAAAAAGAACAAUCUCAUCACCACCCUAUGACCAACUUUGAUUUAACAAAUAAACCAAUGCCACCAACUAUAACUCUCUCCUGCUAUUCUCUUGCAAUUUAUCCCUCACUUUAUCUAUCCUUUGUUAGUUGACGUAGAAAGCAGGUUGGAAUUGGAGUUGGAAUUGGAAUUGGGGGAUGGAAGGAUUGGAUGCCCUGAUUCAGAGAUUACUGGAGGGAAAGGUCAACAGAGGCAAAAGGAUUCCUCUAGUAGAGACCGAAGUCCGCCAACUUUGCGUCACUGCUAAAGAAGUCUUUCUCAGGCAGCCUAAUCUUCUUGAAUUGGCAGCUCCCAUUAAUGUUUGUGGUGAUAUACAUGGUCAAUAUCAUGAUCUCUUGCGACUUUUUGAGUUAGGUGGCUUUCCACCUGAUGCGAAUUACGUGUUUCUCGGAGACUAUGUAGACAGAGGAAAACAGAGCGUAGAGACAAUAUGCCUUCUCCUUGCUUACAAAAUAAAAUAUCCAGACAACUUUUUCCUCCUCCGAGGGAACCACGAAUGCGCUUCCAUCAACAGAAUAUAUGGAUUCUACGACGAGUGUAAGCGUCGGUUCAGCGUCCGGCUAUGGAAGAUCUUCACAGACUGCUUUAAUUGUUUGCCUGUCGCCGCAAUCAUUGAUGACAAGAUCUUCUGCAUGCAUGGUGGCCUAUCUCCUGAGUUGGAAACCUUGGAUAAGCUCAGAGCUAUACAGAGGCCGGUUGAUGUACCGGACCAGGGACUAUUAUGUGACAUUCUUUGGUCAGAUCCAGAUAGAGACAUUAAAGGGUGGGGUGAGAAUGAUAGGGGUGUUUCGUAUACUUUUGGACCUGAUAGGGUGGCUGAAUUCUUGAUGAAACAUGAUAUGGAUCUCAUAUGCCGGGCACACCAGGUUGUUGAAGAUGGUUACGAAUUCUUUGCAGAAAGGCAGCUGGUCACCAUAUUCUCUGCACCAAACUAUUGCGGAGAGUUCAACAAUGCAGGUGCCUUAAUGAGAGUGGAUAAGAGUUUGCUUUGCUCAUUUCAGCUAGUGAAACCUUGGAGAGGGAAAGGUACAGUAGAUAAUUGACUCUCAUGUUAUCGGAUUUGCCGGGGCGAUGAAGAAAAAGACAAUUAAGAAAGGAGAAAACCAGCAUCGAAGGAGUGCAAAUUUCUUCUGUGUAAAGUCAGCAGCGUUAUGUUUUCUCCGGUUGCAUAUGAUCCGACCUUUUAAGCAGCAAAUUUUCGUUAGAAAAGCUGCGUGUAUAUAAAGUUGUUAACCCUCAUUUGCAAGAACAUGAAUACCUCGUGUUCUCACCUGUCACAAGAUACAAGUAUAUAUCUAAGCUCGCUUUUCUGAA